CAGAGUUUAUCGUGAAGCCAGCAGCAGGAAGGGAGCGGCCAGAGACUCUUGGCCCCCUGUGGGUGGCCAGAGAAGGCACCUGCGGACAGAGGUGGGCAGCUCCUACAAAGCCUCCCCCUUUUGUGGUCAGAGCCACACGGCCUCCGUGAGUGUGACGUCUGGAACGUGGGUGUGACCGACUUGCUGACUUCCCAGCACCAGUGACUGAGGACAAACUGGGCUGACCAAAGAAGCAGACACGAGCCUCACUGGCUGUGAGACCCCAUCCUGCUGACGCCUGAAUUACUGCCCAGGUGGAGCACCAUGGAGGGUGACUGUCUGAGCUGCAUGAAGUACCUGAUGUUUGUUUUCAAUUUCUUCAUAUUUCUGGGCGGGGCCUGCCUGCUGGGCAUCGGCAUCUGGGUCCUGGUGGAUCCCACGGGCUUCCGGGAGAUCGUGGCAGCCAACCCCCUGCUCAUCACUGGCGCCUACAUCCUCCUGGCCAUGGGGGGUCUGCUGUUCCUGCUCGGCUUCCUGGGCUGCUGUGGGGCUGUACGUGAGAACAAGUGUCUGCUUCUGUUUUUCUUCCUGUUCAUCCUGAUCAUCUUCCUGGCAGAGCUCUCCGCAGCCAUCCUAGCCUUCAUCUUCAGGGAAAACCUCACCCGCGAGUUCUUCACCAAGGAGCUCACCAAACACUACCAGGGCAACAACGACACAGACAUCUUCUCUGCCACCUGGAACUCAGUCAUGAUCACGUUUGGCUGCUGUGGGGUCAACGGGCCCGAGGACUUCAAGGUUGCAUCGGUGUUCCGACUCUUGAGCGUGGACAGCGAUGAUGUGCCCGAAGCGUGCUGCCGCCGGGAGCCCCAGGCCCGGGACGGGGUCCUGCUGAGCAGGGAGGAGUGCCUCCUAGGAAGAAGCCCUUUUCUUAACCAGCAGGGCUGCUACACAGUCAUCCUCAAUGCCUUUGAGACCUACGUCUACCUGGCCGGAGCCCUGGCCAUCGGGGUCCUGGCCAUUGAGCUGUGCGUCAUGGUCUUCGCCAUGUGCCUCUUCCGGGGCAUCCAGUAGAACAGCGUGGCCUGAAGACUCACCCUCCCACCACCGCCCAGCCCCCAGCGCCCUGCCCUCCCCUCUACCCU